AUGAUAAUACACAUUUGGUAGUCAGACUACUCUUUUGGUUUAUUAGAAAUGGGAUAUGUACUACUUAACUGUAUUUUGUGUAGGGAUGCUGUUGAAUCAAGAAACCGUGCUGGAGACAACCCGCCUGUUCAUGGUCCCUUAUCUUCACACUCAUGUAGUGAAGUACCACCAGUGGAUGGAAAAUCCUCAGUUGAGGGAGAGCACAUCGUCAGAUCUACUGUCACUUGACGAGGAGCUCGACGCACAACAGAAGUGGUGUAACUCCGAUGAUCGAUUGACGUUUAUUCUACUAAGUAAAAAACUUAUUCAAGAAUACUGGUUAUCAGGAAGUGUACAGAAUGAGAUAGAUACGUCAUCCCGUCUAAGUGUUUAUGAGACCUUGGAUAAUGCGAAUCCUGAAGUCUUUGCCAUGAUUGGAGAUGUUAACCUUUUUCUUACUCCUGGUGGUGACAAUGGUUUUGAAGGUGAAUUAUCUGUGAUGAUUGCUGAACCAGAUUUUCGUGGUCAAGGUUUAGCAGCUGAAGCAUUGGCUGGUAUUACUGAAUAUUCUGGAAGGCAUUUAUCAAUCAAAUUAACUUCUCUUGUCGCUAAAGUAUCAAUAAAUAAUAAAGAAAGCAUGCACUUCUUUAAGAAUCGGCUACAAUUUGUUGAACGUUCACGGAAUAGUAUAUUUAAUGAGGUUGAACUUGUACCACAGGUACAAUUAAACUUGUCAGCUGAAGAUGAAUUGCUAAAAUCCAUCAAUCUUUCAUUGAAGACAUCUGAGUUCAUCGUGAACAGACUUUUGAUGACAUCAUCAGAAUUCGCUGCAUCCGGUUGGUAUUAUCAAGAAAAUGACUUCACAAUUUGGCGUCAAGAAAUAAGGAAAUGAUUAUUCCUUUAUAAUUAUUUCUUUUAUAAUUUACCAGCUAAUAAAUUUUUGGCAAAAAGAAUCCUGAAAUCAUUAUAAUAAUUAUAAUCGGUAGUAAAAAUGUCUGUGCAUCUUUUUGUUUCUUGUUCUUUUGUGCCUUAAAAUUCUGUUUACAUCACAAUUUUCUUAUUCCUGAGUCUUCAAAAUGACCUCAUCCGAUUGAAAUUAUUGAGUACUGUGUACACUUCUCAGAGCUCACAAAUUCCGCAGAGGGAAUCGACAUAAAAGCCGUUAUGGAUCGUUUCAUUAAUCAUUUCGAUCGAAAUAUCAAACAUAUUGUCGUAAAAAAAUUAAUUUAGCAGAAAUCUUUCUCGUUACUGUCUGAAUGUAUUGUAAAUGGUGACG